AUGAGUGUCAUGCUAGAGACUAGUGUGGGGGAUAUCAUCAUCGAUCUCUACACCGAUAAGUGUCCCAACACGACCCGUAAUUUUCUCAAGCUCUGCAAAUGCAAGUACUACAAUGGCGUCCUAUUUCACAACGUGCAAAAGGACUACAUUGUGCAGACGGGCGAUCCCACUGGCACCGGCCGUGGAGGUGAAAGCAUGUUUGGAUUGCUCUACGGAGACCAAGCUAGGUACUUCGAGGACGAAUUCCAUCCCUCGCUCCGACACAAGGCACCAGGAACCGUAUCGAUGGCCAAUGCUGGCCUCCCCAACACAAACGGAUCUCAGUUUCUGAUCACUGUGGGCAGCAAUCUGGAAUCGCUGGAUGAUCGCAACACAGUCUUCGGAUUCGUAGCCGAGGGCAUGGACGUGGUUCAGAAGAUCAACGAGGCCUUUGUUGACAAGGACGGCGCCCCGUAUCAAAUCAUUCGCAUUCGCCAUACGCAUAUCCUGGACGACCCAUUCCCCGACCCAGCCGGUCUACCCGUCCCCGAUCCUGACAAGUCGCCGAUGAGGCCCGUGCCCGACCAGUUCAAGAACAGGCUCGAAGAAGGGCAGGAAAUCGAUCUGCAAGAUGAAAAGGCCAAAGAGGAGGCGGAUCGGCUGCAGGCCGAAAUGGAGGCUCGGUCGCGUGCCGAAGUGCUGGAGAUGAUCGGCGAUCUCCCCGUGGCUGACGUCAAGCCGCCGGACAACGUUCUCUUCGUGUGCAAACUGAAUCCCGUAACUGAGUCGCACGAUCUGGAGCUCAUCUUCUCUCGCUUCGGCACCAUUCUCAGUUGCGAAGUGAUUCGUGACCAGAAAACCGACGACUCGCUUGGCUACGCGUUCAUUGAGUUCGAGACCGAAGCCCAGUGCGAGCAAGCGUACCUCAAGAUGGACAACGUGCUCAUUGACGAUCGCAGAGUCCACGUCGAUUUCUCCCAGUCCGUGUCCAAGCUGCGUCAGCAGUACGGCGUGUACGACACGGGCUUCUUCGGCGACCGCUACCGGAAAUACGUGGAGAACCUCCACAUCGGUGGUAAGACGUUGGAUGAGGAGCAGGCCGACAAGCUGCAGGAGAAGAAGUUCCAGGGACGCCGAACCGAGCGGGCCGGCGGUGGCUUCCGCGGAGGCGCUGGCGGCGGUGGAAGAGGCGGCGGACGUGGCGGAUUCGGAGGCGGUGGUGGUGGACGAGGCGGACGAGGCGGCUUCGUGGGCGGAAGGGGCAGAGGCGGUGGUGGUGGCGGCUUUGGCGGCGAUGAGGACAGGCCUCUCACGGCCAACUACCGGAAGAGAGAGCGCGACCAGGCAGAGAGGGAUGAUACCCGAGACGCCGACGCCGACGCCGACCGGAAGAAGAGAAAGGAAGAGGACCGCAGCGAUGGCGACAGGGACAGGCACUCCGGCCGGAGCCGUUGGGACCAGCGCGACAGGAGGGACGACCGCGACCGAGACCGCGAGAGGGAGAGGGACCGAAGGGACGACAAGAGCAGCAGAGACAGAAGAGACGACAGGGAACGCGAGAGGGAGAGGGAUCGGAGGGACGACAGGAAGGACGAUCGUGACCGCGCCAGGGACGGUGGAGAGCGGGACAGGGACCGCGACAGAGGAAGAAGAGACGACAGAGACAGGGACAGAGCGCGCGAAGACAGGAGGCACUGA